AUGACUUUGUCGAAGCCUGCUGACUCCCCAGGAAACGGCUUUUACCCCAAUAGCCCACCCAUGCGACGACCUGGGCUAUCAUUUAUUUAUCGACUGGAGUGCGACAUUGAUCCCCAAGAAAUUGACGUCGGAGCGCCUCAUGGGGCUGGAGUGAUCCGGAGUGUUGCGAAUAUUGCCGGCGGGACCUUUAGAGGGCCGUCGAUAUCAGGGACGGUCCUUCCGGGCGGAGCAGACUGGGCAACGGUCAUUGAAGGGACCCACUCCAUGACCCUCGAUGCACAUUAUACGGUCAAAACCGACGAUGACUGUUAUCUCUACAUCCGGGCGCACGGUCUCUACCGUCCUGGCCCAGGCACCGAGUAUGCGAAACAGGUCGAGAAGGACCCGGCCCUCCGACCUCCUCCCACUGUGACCCAAGAUGACGUGGAAUUCUUCUCACACCUGCGAAUCGAAACAGGCCCAGGGAAGUACAACUGGUUGAACGGCUUAGUGUGUGUUGGAGUUAUGAGCUGCGAGAACGAUCGCAUCCUGAUUGAUGCCUAUUACUUGACCAAUUUCGAAGAUUCUCAGCCAGAGGACGUGAUGGCACGGAGGAACGCCCGUUAAGCAAUAGAUCACUAUGUUAUCAAGAGAUUGCCUCCGUAUCUCCUCAGAUAAGCCCGUAAUCGAUAAACCGAGGUAUAACCAUCCCAAUGCGGAAGGUAGACGCGCUUCGGCCGGCAAAGGAUUGUGCUCCGGAAUAGUGUAGAUGUUCUCCUCACGCGGAGCAACUUGGCACUAAAUCUAUUCGGCUAUAUAGAUUGUCUUGGCCCGGGCCUUGUAUCUUCACAUCACUGACAUUGACUAACAGAGAUGGGCGAAAAUACUGCGACAAAGUGCAACUGGGAGACCAGGGUGGCGGAGAAGCGCGAACAACUGGAGCUGCAAAUUCCCCAAGACUGGCGUCUGAAUGCCACAUUUCUAUCCACGCUCCCAUCAAAUGGCCACCUCGUAGAAGCGGACAUCCCACGUCAUAGU